AUGAGGAAAGGAAGAAAACUGAAGAUGAUGCUGACACCAAUACUGAUAUUGGAGAAAAAGAAAAAAGAGGUUCCUAAAGAAGCUGCUGCAGAGAAAGUUGUUCCUGAAAAGAAGGAGUUCAAAUGGGAGAAAAAGAAAGCUCAAGAAAAUCAAGAAAAGCCAUUGAAGCUCUCACCUUAUGCAAGAAUUCCAUAUCCACAGAGGCUCAGACAAGAAAUUCAAAAUGCUAUAAUUCAGAAGAAGUUACCUCCGGAGCUUAAAGAAUCAGGAAGUUUUAGCAUUUCCAUAGAGAUUGGCAACAUUGAUGUGGGAAAAUCAUUAUGUGACUUGGGAGCUAGCAUUAAUCUAAUGCCACUCUCCAUAUGCAAGGCUCUGGGAAUUCACGAAUUAAAGCCAACCAAAGUCUCAUUACAGUUAGCUGAAAGAUCUAUCAGAAGGCCGGAUAGAAUAUUUGAAGAUGUCUUGGUGAAGAUAGAUAAAUUCAUCUUCCCUGCAGACUUUACUAUAUUAGACAUGGAAGAAGAUGCUGAAAUUCCAUUACUUCUGGGAAGACCUUUCUUAGCCACUGCAAGGGCUAUCAUUGAUGUUGAGCAAGUUGAUGUGAUUCAUGAUGCCAUACUUGAAACAGUUGAUGGAAUACUCCAACCACUAAUGGAAUUGGAGUUAUUAGAAGAAGAAAUAUUGCAAGAUGCAACAGAAGCAAUAGAGGAAGGACAAGUGGUUGAGAAGUUAGAAAAGAAAGUUGAUGAUGUUACUUAG